AUGGGGUUGGAGAAGGGAGGGGAAAGGAUCAUACCCGGUUACCCCAUGGGGUUGGAGGCGGGAAGGGAGGGGCUCAGACCUGGGCACCCCCUGGGGUUGGAGGCGGGGCUCAGGCCCCCGCGGGUGAGCUGUGGCAGUAUCCCGUGCACCUCGCGCCCCACCCCGGGGUUGGCAGUUGGCGAGGCCCGGCCGCCCCCGCGAGUCUCGAGGCGGCGGCGGCUCAGGUUGCUGCGGUGUGACCGCAUGGAGCCAGAUGCUGAGACUAUCAGCGCUCCCAGGCAGCUAGGGAAGUACAGAAUCAAGAGAGGCAUAUACACUGAAGAGCAGUUCCAGAAAAACUAUGAAAGAAACACCCCCUCCCCAAGGAACAGGGACUUCAGAAUCCAAGGAAGGGUCCAGUGCAGAUUCUCCUGGGCAAGAUUCAGGAAGAUCAUACUCAAGAUGUUUCCUAUCCUGAACUGGUUGUGUGCAUAUCGAGUCAGAGAGUGGUUCCUGAAUGACAUACAUGCAGGCCUAAGUGUGGGGAUGGUCCAGAUUCCGCAAGGACUGUCAGGAGUUUUGUUAACGAGGUUACCACUACCAAUUGUCAAUGGCUUCUAUUCUGCAUUCUGCUGCUCAUUAACAUAUGUUGUAUUUGGGACUUCGCGCCAUAUCUCCAUUGGUUCAUUCAGCAUUCUGAAUGCAAUGGUGGCAGAUGUUCUGAAGACGCUGAAUUUCAGCCCUGUAUUGACUGCUAAUGGAACCUUUGCCAAUUUCUCAGAUGCAAAUUAUAUGAAGAGUUACAUGGAAGCCUUGACACUUACUGCAUCAACAACAUUUCUGACUGGGAUCAUCCAGUUGCUUUUAAGCUGCUUCUGCUUGGGAUUUGUCACAACCUAUCUCCCAAAGACCCUCAUUGACGCUUACCUCACUGCAGCAGCGCUGCAUGUCAUCGUAUCCCAGUUCUCCUUCAUCUUUGGGAUCGUGAUCAACUUCCAUAUGGGCCCCCUGGCCAUUUUCUACAACCUGUUUCAUUAUUGCAUGGCUCUCCCAAAGGCUAAUGCCACCAGUAUAUUGCUAUUUUUGGUUGGCCUACUCAUGCUGAGGGUCAGCAAUUGUAUCAAGAUAACUUACAAGCACAGUCCUGUUGCAUUCCCUAUGGAACUUCUCCUGAUUAUUACAAUCACCAUUAUUGCUAACCAUGUGCAUCUGCAUGCUGAAUCCAGUAUGCUUGUGGCCAAAAUGGUUCCACACAGGUUUCUGCCUCCUACGCUGCCAGACUUAUCAAAUUUGAGCAGGAUUGUAGCCCAUGCCUUCUCCCUGGCUAUUGUAAGCUACUUCCUUCUCAUUUUUGUGGGAAAGAGGUACGCUUGUAUUCACAACUACAACAUCUCCAGCAACCAGGAGCUCAUGACUGUGGGGCUAUGCAAUAUCUUCAGCUCAUUUUUCAAAAGCUUUGCUGUCAGCUGUGCUAUUUCUGGGACUGUCAUUCAGGAGAAGACAGGCGGAAAAACACAGUUUGCAGCACUAAUUGGAGCAUCCAUAAUGCUAGUGGUAGUGAUGAAACUAGGACACUUUUUCCAGUCUCUGCCUAAUGCUGUACUAGCUGCGAUUGUAAUGGUCAACAUGUUCCCAUUUCUUGAAAAAUUUAUGGACAUCCCCACCCUGUGGAGACAGGAUAAGUAUCAUUUUGUUAUUUGGAUUGUGACUUUUGCAGCCGUUCUGUGUCUUGGUCUCGAUAUCGGCUUGGUCAUCGCAAUGGGAUUCACCUUCUUCAUCAUCACUGUUAGGUCACACAGGUACCAGGUCUUGUCUAAUGAUUUCCCAUCUGUGCAUGAACUGAUACCCUAUACUGAGAAACUGGUGAAGCGACUUCAUAGGGAUAAUGAGUCUUCAUCGUCUUCCCUGAAUUUGAUACGUUGGUCAAAGUUUGAAAGCAAGCACAGUUCUGGGACUCUCACAACAGGAAUGUCGCAAACACAGCAUGCUCAGUCCACAGCCAUCAGGCUCAGGGCAGCAAGACCUGAGACUGGAAAGAAGAAGGAUGAAGGGAAGAGGACACGGCAUUCUUCAGACCUUGGAGUAGAUACUUCCACAACUCUAUUGUGCCAGGAACCAGUACAGUUGCAGUCCACGGAGUUUUCAACAUAUCCAGUCCACACUAUUAUUUUAGACUUCAGCAUGGUGCAGUUUGUGGAUUUGCAAGCUUCAGACUUACUGAGGCAGAUGUUCCACAUGUUUCAGAAUAUUGGCAUUUCGGUCCUGAUAGCCAGCUGCCACCUCUCUGUAAUAGCAAUCUUUGAGAAGAAUGAUUUCUUUGAUGACUGCGUCACCAAAGCACGGUUCUUUCUAACGCUGCAUGAUGCUGUGCUGGCUGCUUUAGAACAGAAUCAAAGGCCAGAGACUGUGGAACUCAGCAUUGGAGAGCCUGAACAGGAGUUAGAUGAAGGGCUCACAGAAGAACAGAAGGAGAGAAGUCUGCACUCCGGUAACAACAAAGAUAUUUCCUCUUUAAAGACUACCAGGAGCGAACUCUUAAAUGAAGAGCCAAUAUCCGAUCUCUUCCGCACAUAUUCACUCCAGAGUGAAACAGAGAUGAACGUAUUCCAACAGUAUGAUGCUCCACCCCCUGAGCCAGGUGACAGAGAUGAGUGGGAGCAGAAGUGGAAAUAUGCCAGAGAUCCCUGAGAUGCACAAGAGCUGACAGGGAAUCCUAGUCCAGUAAAUGGGGAGAGGUGCUGAUAUAGCACAGUUCAGGUAGUUCUUGCCUGCAUUUUGGUGGGGUUUUUUGCCUUUGUCUCUUUCGAAGUUAUUGAAGUAGCCAACUAGCCAGUCCAUCCAAUGGUUCUGCUGGUUUAAGGAAACUAGCACAGUUUAUGAAGUUACCCUUCAGGACUUUCAAACAGAGGGAUUAUUUAGCAGCAAUUUUAACCUUUGUAGUGAAUUAACUAUAAAACUUGGAGCCAUUAAAUGAAUUUUUACAUGUU